AUGACCGAGCCCUUAGAUAUUGCAGACACGUUCGUUCAAUGCAUCAGCACCCUGGGUGGCCCGACCUAUGCGGCGGAGGAUGUGGCUUGGGCAAGCAGUGUGCCUCAAGGCAAGAUUCUCUUCGAAUGGCUAGCAUCACAAGUACAAUGCGGGAGCGCACCCUCGGACGUACCACAGAGUGGAGGCGAAAUCUACUAUCAGUCCGGAUUGGACCCAAUUGCUUUGCAUGAGCAAGAGGUACGCGACAUACGCUCAGAUUCUAUGGAUCAAGAGUCCGAGCUACUUGAGAGUGAGGCACGAUUGUUAAGACAUAGGUCGAAAAGUUCGAAGAUCGCGGCUAAAAAUCUAGCCCAAACAGGGAAGACCUUGCAACUUGACGUGGAAGCAAUAGGAAGAGAGAUACUGCAGCAAGAUGCGAAGGUCAGCGAGUUAUGCAUAAGUACCGACACGAUCGUGUCCAGAUCCGCUCGUACUGCUAGCAGAUUGCUAGAUUCCACAGGGGCAGAGAGAUCAAAUACUGGCAAGGCGAACCAGCCGGGGGCCCCAUCGAUGCCAGGAUCCCUCGCAAAUAUAUCACGUUUACACGAAAGUAUAGCCUCAAUCGCAUCACGACAGCUCCGAACUGUCGACGAGGCAACGACUUCAUUACCAACGCCCACUGAGGUGAAGCAGGAGACAGCCAGGCUACAUGCGUCCCUUGAGGCUCUGCAAGGCAGACGGGGCCGUACCAACGGCACUCCGGGCAUGUCGACAGACGCGUACUGUGCGGAGCUAGACAGGAUAUCACAUCUGCUCGAGUCUUCCUCGGAUGAGGAGAGCAAGCAAAACAUUAUUAACGAGCUUGUGGCUGACACCCCUCCUGCGCACGGGUUUGGCAAUGCCGAUGUUGAUGUAAGGGAGGAAGUAUUGCGUGCGUGGCAUCUGGACCAAGCAGCAAUUCUAGAGGCCCGAGAGCACAUCAUCGACGAGACAACUAAGCGUCUUGCUGAAGACCUCUUUCCCCCGCUCGGUGCUCUCCAUCGUGCACUAGCGGCACGCGGUGCAUGCACCCUUGAAGCAGAGGCGCUCGUCAGCGUCCUGCUUGAGGAGCUCGAGGAGAUCACAGAUGAUGUUGAGGUAGUCAACGUCAAGCAGCAGACAGCCCAGGCCUGCGCUAGUGCCGACGCCGACGGGGACGCACGAAAGAAGCGUGGGCACGCGUUGCUCGAGGAAGAGCUGACUGAGCUGCUGAAGCGAACCCAGGGCCUCAGACCGCGUGAUGCUGGACCCUUGGUGCUGCUGGAACGAGACGAUAUUGUGAAGGAGCUGGACGCCGUAUGUGAGCGCGCGCGAGUCGCCGACGAGGACGAGGCGGCAUGGUGCUCGAAACUUGCGUCAGCGCUAGCUGAACUAUCGGCCAGCCAUGCUGACUUACUCUCUGUUGUGUACGAUAACGCCCCAGUAAAUACGUCACCGCCCUUUGGUCUGCCCCCCGACGUGCACGCUGUCGAGGAGUCAACAAAGCAGACGACUGAGCACCUUAACUCUAUGGUGAAGCGGUUGCGGAAGGAAACACAGCUGAGCGACCGGGACAAACGAAAGCUGACGGCGUUUGUCGAGAAGUGGACUCGUUAG